AUGAGUUUUAACAACGAAACUGCCGGUGAUUCGAAAAAUCAAGUGCGCGUUUCCACUGAUCCGUCAAGAGAAUCAUGUCGUGUCGGAGUACGGAUUCCGCCGUUUUGGCCUCAAGAGCCGGCGUUAUGGUUCGCUCAAGUGGAAGGUCAAUUCGCGUUGGCUAAUAUAACUGCAGAUGCUACCAAAUUCAAUUACGUCACUGCACAAUUGGAUCAUGUUUAUGCCGCAGAAGUGAAAGAUAUAAUUAUCGCUCCACCUGAAACGAAUAAAUACGAGAAAUUAAAAACAGAACUAACAAAGAGAUUGUCGGCCUCGCGUGAAAAAGAAGUACAACAAUUGCUUAUGCAUGAAGAGCUAGGUGACCGCAAACCAUCACAAUUCUUGCGACACCUGCAACACCUGGCAGGACCUAACAUUCCUGAAGAUUUUCUGAAGACCAUAUGGACCAGUCGCUUACCCAAUAGCAUUCAAGCAGUCUUAGUAGCGCAACCAACUACACCUUUAGCGACACUAGCUGAAGUAGCAGACAGAGUGAAUGAUGUUGUUCCCCGCACUCCAGUAGUUGCCAGUACUUCUACAUCGACUCAAAACGCCCUGGAUCACAUGGCGAAGAUGAUUUCGGAAUUGACUAAGCAAGUACAAGCUUUAACGACCCAUGCUUCGAGAAAACCACGACCAAUAUCUAGAGGAAGAGACGAGCGCAAGGGUAGUUCAGCAGAUCGCAUUCUUCAUACAGAAAAUACCCAACCUCGCGGGAAACGCUCCGGGCAGUCGCUAAUGGCGACUGACGAUUAUCCGAGUUCUAGUCGCCUGUUCGUCACUGACCGCAACACUAAAACACAGUUCCUCAUUGAUACUGGCAGUGACAUCUGUGUUUAUCCUCGAGUGGCAAUUAAAGAACGCAGGCCAAGAACUAAUUACCAACUCUUCGCUGCGAACGGGACAGUUAUUAAUACGUACUACAAACACCUGGAAUUAGACAUCGGUCUUCGUCGCAAUUUUACAUGGCGAUUCGUGGUAGCGGACGUUACCAAGGCCAUCAUCGGAGUCGACUUCCUUAGUUUCUAUAACUUAGCUGUUGACUGCCGACACAAACGACUGAUCGACAAUGUGACCACGCUCCAAGCAUCAGCUACAUCAGCCAGCCGCAAGCCCCAAAGUUGGGUAGCAUCCGACUUUGGCCGCGCGGCAACCGGCCGCAUGCGACUGGUGACUAAAAUCGACCGUGUAAACGAUCAGUUGCAGGCGAUCGCCCGCCGCAUGAAGGAAUGCUUCUCCAACUUCCGUUUCUGA